CAGCACGCACCGGGGGGCACGGGAAGGGUGCGUGGGCGUGGCGCCGCGCAGUGCAGGCUGGGAGCUGUAGUUGUCCCCAGAGGCGGUGCCGUGCCGGAGCCGCCAUGCCGGAGGGGACGGGAGCGCUGCGGGAGGUGCUGCCCAAGCAAGGACAGCUGUCGGUGGAGGACACAGUCUCCAUGGUGCUGUGCAAACCCAAGAUCCUGCCCCUCAAGUCGGUGUCGCUGGAGAAGCUGGAGAAGCUGGAGAAGGCGGUGCUGGACGCGGCCCAGCCGCCCGAGGCGGCCCCGCCGCCGUCCGCGGGGGCCGCGCCGCCCCGGCAGUAGCGCGGGCAGGGCCGUGCCCGGCCCCGCGCUCGCAGGUACCGCUUGGAACGGGGCUGCGGGCUAAAGCGGGGCCUGACGGGGGGUGGUGCCGGCUGGGCGGGCAGGCCGCGCCUCGGGCGCCGCUGGUGUGCAAGUUGCGCUGGUCGCUGCCCAGGCGCUGCUUUGAACGCGUCUUUAGAGGUACCGAGUGCCACAAGCCCCUGCUCCAAGCCGGGCUUACCAGACCCGCUCGAGCACUGAAGCGCUUCUCCUAGAGCACAGCAUAUUCCCGGACCUGGAAUGGCUAUUCCCAGCAUUCUGGAACGCCUGAAACCUUGACGUGGAACUGAAAAACAAAGGAGAGGCUCUACCGAGUUCCUGCAAGCGAGUCAUCCUUAGAUCCAUCUUGUUCUUGAGCAAGGGCUGCACGAAGCUCUGCUGCAAAGACACGUUCACAGGAUCUGUGCCAGCGUGGACGCUCCUACGCAAGUCAGUUGUGUUUUCCAAAACAGAUCUGGUAAAUACUCACUUGCCAUGAGCUUAAUUAUUCUGUGCUCUCCUCCUGACUGCAGUACCAAAGGGCAGCAUUAGAUGUACCGCUUAAUUUAUUCUGUUUGAAAUAAAUAAAAAGGAGGCAGAAACAAGAGCUUCACAAAAAAUAUUUUUAAUAUGUUUUACCAGAACUUUUCACUUUUCCAGUUACAUAGAAAAAAAGACAAGUUUGGUACAUGGGGGCUGAAACCAACCAGUGUUCUCCCCUGAAACAGCUGAAUUCAUCUUGUGCCCCAGCUGUAUUUUCUUGGGCUCUUUAAAACAAAGAAACUGCUAAUUUUUUUUAACUCCCAAAGCACAGUAUUUCUUUAGCAGCAAUGGAAAUGGGAUCACAGCAGCUUAACUUGACCCUUCUAUAAUAAAGCUUUGUAUAAACCAGUGAUUUUAUGAUGACAGCACUGUCCUGGAAAGAGCGAGCGGCAGUCAGACAUCGAUGCACACGUGGAAUGAUUAGGUCAUAAACAUGGCACAUACAGAGAUAGCUUAUUUCAAGGCACCACCACAGCAGAGUGGCUAGUUGUUCUACUAUAUGCCCAAAGAAAGAACACUUCUUCCUGAAAUUUACAAAACUAUAAAAAAAAAAAAAAGAAAAGAA